AUGAGUGCUCCUCCGUUGAUCCGGGCGCCCAGCCCGCUGCCGUUUUUGGGAGGGACGAACAGCCCCAAUACCGAAGGUGGAGGUGGAGAGGGGGGAGGCGGUGUGAUCUCCUUCCAAAUCCAGAUAGGGAUGAGCCGGGAACCGGUUCUCCUAGACGCCGCGGAGCUCAACCUUAGUCAGGUCCGGGAGGUGGCAUGCUCCAUUAUUAACCAAAAGUUGCCAGAAUGUGGAUUCUAUGGGAUGUAUGAAAAGAUUCUGCUGUUUCGUCAUAACCCGACUUCGGACAACAUUCUGCAGCUGCUGCGCUCUGCCUCACAGAUCCAGGAGGGGGACUUGGUGGAGGCAGUCCUGUCAGCUUCAGCCACCAUGGAGGACUUUCAAAUACGUCCACACAGCCUGUUUGUCCAUUCGUACAGAGCACCUACUUUCUGCGACCACUGUGGGGAGAUGCUGUGGGGGCUUGUAAGGCAGGGGCUCAAGUGUGAAGGAUGUGGUCUCAAUUAUCACAAGCGCUGUGCGUUUAAAAUUCCCAACAACUGCAGCGGAGUAAGAAGACGUCGCCUUUCAAAUGUUUCCCUGACAGGAGGAAUAAUUAAUGUGGGCCGCCCACUUUCUGCUGAACCUUCGCCUCCCAACUGCAUGGAUGAUGCUUUACUGUCCCCUGUAAGUCCCAAUGUUGAGAAAAACCAGCUAGAUUAUUACCCUGGCAGGGAGCGACGAGCUAGCACACAGUCAUACAUUGGACGCCCUAUUGAGUUGGACAAAAUCUUACUGUCAAAAGUCAAGGUUCCCCACACGUUCCUAAUUCACUCAUACACCAGACCCACUGUGUGCCAACACUGCAAGAAGCUGCUGAAAGGCCUCUUCAGGCAGGGACUCCAAUGCAAAGACUGUAAAUUUAAUUGCCACAAACGAUGUGCUCUGAAAGUGCCAAACAACUGCCUCGGAGAGAUUACCAGAAAUGAAGAGCUUCUAAGCCCUGGAGCAGAGUCAGAUGUUGUGAUGGUGGAGGGCUGUCUUGAUGACCCAAGUGUUGACCGACGUGGUAGCCUCCUCGAUGACAUAGAUGACACAUUGACGACAGAGGGGGGUUUAAUGCUGGACACUGGAUACGGUGACCUCAGUGACCAGCGUGACACUGACUUGGAUGACUCCAACCGUGCCAUCAGUCCGUCCACCAGUAACAACAUCCCACUGAUGCGAGUUGUUCAGUCUGUCAAACACACCAAGAGGAAGAACAGCAAUGUGAUGAAGGAAGGCUGGAUGGUUCACUAUACCAGCAAGGAUACUCUUAGAAAAAGGCAUUACUGGCGGCUGGACAGUAAAUGCAUCACCCUUUUCCAAAACGAAACAGGAAGCAAAUACUACAAGGAGAUUCCUCUGUCAGAGAUCCUGGCUCUGGAGCCAGCUCAGAACUUCUCCCUGCUUCCUGAUGGAGCCAACGCUCACUGCUUCGAAAUCACGAUGGCAUCCUUGGUUUACUAUGUUGGAGAAAAUCUGUUGAGAAGCGAAUUGUCCAUGACAGGCAGUACUAUUCUGGUCAGUGGAGUGGGGCAGGAUGUGGCUCGGAUGUGGGAAAUGGCCAUCCAGCAUGCUCUUAUGCCAGCUGUCUCAACAGGAAUCUGUCACAAUUCCCAUCGAAGCGGGCACAAGGAAAUAUCAAUCAGUAUUUCUGUCUCCAACUGCCAGAUCCAGGAGAAUGUGGACAUCAAUUCGAUUUAUCAGAUUUUUCCAGAUGAGGUUCUUGGCUCUGGACAGUUUGGUAUUGUGUAUGGAGGUAAACAUCGGAAGUCUGGUCGAGAUGUUGCCAUCAAGAUAAUUGAUAAACUUCGCUUCCCUACUAAGCAGGAAAGCCAGCUACGUAACGAAGUGGCCAUUUUACAGAGUUUGCACCACCCAGGUGUGGUAAACCUGGAGUGCAUGUUUGAGACACCAGAACGAGUGUUUGUGGUGAUGGAGAAGCUUCACGGAGACAUGCUUGAAAUGAUCCUGUCAAGUGAGAAAGGUCGGUUGCCGGAAAGAAUCACGAAGUUCCUAGUCACACAGAUACUAGUGGCUCUGCGUCAUCUCCACUUCAAGAAUAUUGUCCAUUGUGAUCUAAAGCCGGAAAAUGUGCUACUGGCUUCUGCAGACUCAUUCCCUCAGGUGAAGCUUUGUGACUUUGGAUUUGCUCGAAUCAUUGGUGAGAAGUCAUUUCGGCGCUCAGUGGUUGGCACACCAGCAUACCUUGCUCCUGAAGUCCUGAGAAACAAAGGUUAUAACCGUUCUUUGGAUAUGUGGUCAGUGGGAGUCAUCAUUUAUGUCAGUCUCAGUGGAACAUUUCCUUUUAAUGAAGAUGAAGAUAUUAACGAUCAGAUCCAGAAUGCAGCCUUCAUGUACCCUCCCCAUCCAUGGAAGAAAGUCUCGCAGGAAGCAAUCGAUCUGAUCAAUAACCUCUUGCAAGUGAAGAUGAGAAAGAGGUACAGUGUUGACAAGACUCUCAGUCACCCCUGGUUACAGGACUAUCAGAUGUGGAUAGACCUAAGAAAUUUAGAGGGUCGAAUGAAUGAGCGGUACAUCACCCACGAAAGUGAUGAUCUACGUUGGCUGCAUCAUGCUCAGCUCAGUGGCCUUGACUACCCCUCAAAUUGCAUCAGUAGCUCUCUCAACGAUGUUGAUCAUGGGAAGGAGCAUCACCAUGAGAAGGAGGAGGAGCUGGAGACCCUUAGUGAGAGGGUCAGUGAACUCUGAGGACACAAAGUGAAUUAAACCUUAAAAAUUAAGUUCAGACUUUUUCUGAAGGAGAUGUUGCAAGCAACCUUUUUGGGCAGGUAUAAAUUUUCAUUCAAAUCUGUUUCUUUUCUAUGAAAAUACAUAUUUAACUAUCUGAAAUCUCAAAGUUAGAAUGUUCCAAUGCCAAAAUCUGGUUGGAGUCUUUCGUAUGGAGUUUGCUUUUUCCCCAUGUAUAAUUUCUCC